CCGACUGGGCGCGCGGCCGAGCGGCCUCGGGUCGAAGACCGCCUUCCCCCGCCCGGGGGCGGUGAAGCCCUUUCCCGGCGUCCGCGCUCCCAGCCUGGCCGCAACGAGUCGCCGGCCCGGCAGCGCGGUCGGGACCCUCGGUUUCCUCCCCAGAGCCCAGGCCUGCGACCCUCACUGCGUUAGCACUUGGCACUCUGUCCCAUCCAAGUUCAGGAGUAAAGAAGGUGAACUAAAAAGGGGAAAAGAGACACAAGAAUGUCAGGCAACAAAGGAAGGAAGAGUCAAGGAGUUCCUGAAGAAGAAUGAACUUCAUGAGCUUAAAACACAAAUAGCAUCUGUCUCUGCAGAAACUAAAGAAACAGAAAGGCAAAUUUAUCAGCAAGAUGCUGCCAUACAGAAUACCAAACUUCAGUGUGGAAACCUGGAAAAUCAAAUCAAAUCCUUACAUACAGAAAAAGUGAAGCUUAAAUUUGACAUAGAGGCAGCACAAGAAGAUUUUGAGGAACAAAUGAUAAGAUAUAAUGAAUACUAUGCAAAAAUAAAAGCACAUAAAGAUAGUUUGAGAGAGGUAGAGAGCAAAUGGUCAUUCAUGACUGAACUCAAUGAGAAACGAGACCUUGUUAAAAAACUAAAGACAAUGAAAGAGGAACUUAUGCAGGAUCUCCAAAAUCCAGAAGGAAACCUGAUGAAACAAGUACAGGAAGACAUUACAAACCUAAAGGACAAAAUUAUAACUGUAAAAGAAUCCAUCACUGAAAAAACUUGUUUUCUUGAGGAAGAAAAAAAGACACAUGAAAAAUUAAGAAAAGAAAUAGAGGUACAACAUAAGAGAUACAGUGCAAUUCUUAAGCGUUUGCACUGUCAGGUGAACAAGCUUCAGUCAGAGAGAAGACAAUGGCAAUGGAACAUUCAACAGCUGGAAAAAACUGCAGCUGAACUGAGAAAAUGCAUUGGAACGAAAGAUUAACAUGGCCGUAUGGUAAUGUAGUAUAGGGUAAUGCUGAGCACAGACUAUGCCACAAAAAUUACGGGAUAGAAAGGUGAGAAAAUCCUUUGGGUCUUAACAACCGACAUCCACUAUCAGAGGGCUCUCUUAAUGACAGAUAUGUUUUCUUUUCCUUGAAUCAGUCAUCUGUUUGCUGAAAUGCCUUCCAACCCGAUAAUUGAUAGCAAUAGAGAGACAAUAGGAAGGCUCACAGAAGAAUAGUGAAAGACUCUGUAUGAAUAUUUUGAGUGUAUAAGAUAUAUUGUACUCAUGAAUGCCUGUUUAUAAACA